UUGAGAAAAAUAUUAUUUCAAUAAUUAAUUCUGAGACUCUAGAUGCAUUUGAUACAAUUUUUGACUAUUUAAAACAAAAUAAUAAUCAAGAUAUUACUGAUAAAAGUACAUUAAAAGCAAUGGAAAAUAGUAGAAAAUCAGUUUAUAAAAAUCAUUUUUUUUCUAAAAAGCAAAUGAAUUUAGAUUUAUUUGUUAGAGGCGAAAACAGUAAUCUCAAGUCAAGCGAUACUUAUAGUAAUCUAGUUGGUGAUAAUAAUAUGAACUGA